AUGGCGAUAACUUACUUCAGUGAUACCUCAAAUCUACAAGCCAGUUUAGCAACAUUCGUGGUGACGUUAAUUGGAGCUAAAAUUGUGCUACAUCUAAUCCAGAAGGAUAAUGCUCCACCAGGACCACAAGGGCUUCCUCUGUUAGGAUACCUGCCAUUCUUUGGAGAAUUUCCGUACAAGACCUUCAAGAAACUUCGACGUCAAUAUGGUGACAUAUUUUCAGUACAGAUGGGGAGUUUUCCAGCAGUCGUUCUGAACGGUAGAGAAUUGAUAAAAGAAGCCUUGGUGAACCGUGGCGAUGAUUUUUCGGGAAGACCAAACUUCUACUCCAGCCAAGUCUGCGGACCAGAAGCUUUGUUACUACAGUACAGUGACAUCACAGUUCUUCAUAGAAAGUUGGCGACUAAUUAUCUGCAAAAAUUUACAGAAGCAAGGCACAAUCCGAUCGAAGAAAUGGUCAACGACGAGGUAAGGAUCGCCUCCUCUGAAUUUGCUGAUACUAAUGGGAAGCCUUUUUAUCCUCGAGAUAUUAUAUUCCAAUGUGUUGGUAGCGUGAUCUUUCAGAUAUGUUACGGACGAGAUGUCAAUAUUCGAGAAGAAAAUCCAAGCUUUGUCGAAUUUACCAAAAGUUCGUCCGAUUUUACUCAAUUUGUGGCAUCAGGAAAUCCAGUUGAGGUUAUGCCUUAUUUGAGGUAUGUUAUGCCUUGGAAGGUCACCAAAUUUAAACAGAUCAUGAAGAGACUAGUGUCAAUUCGUAUCAAUCAGGUGAAAGAAAUUAUGAAAUCCUAUAGACCGGGCCAUAUGAGACACUUAGCGGACGGUUUGAUUUCCGCCUACCAAGAAGAAAAAAACAAACCAGAUUCCGUCUUUACCGAACAGAGAGUCUUUAAAACACUGGACGAAAUAACCGGAGCUGGUUUUGAAUCGAUUGCCACAACUCUGACCUGGACAGUUUUAAUGCUUGCAGCUCAUCCGGAAAUUCAAGAAAAGGCACACCAAGAAAUCGAGCGAGUUAUCGGAAAGCGACAACCAAAGCUUAUGGACAAAUUUGAACUGAACUAUUGUCAAGCUCUAGUCAAUGAAGUAAUGCGGUUUACAAACAUCGUACCGCUAAGUUUUCCACAUGCAGCUACCAAGGACACGGAGUUGGCCGGGUACACCAUCCGAAAGGGGACUGUGGUUAUCCCCAAUCUUCACUCAAUUAGUCACGAUCCGGAAUUGUGGGGAGAUCCGGAUACAUUUAGACCAGACCGAUACCUGGAUAGCAACAGUCUGCUAGAUAAGUCGUCUGUGGAUAAAUUUAGUGUCUUUUCUAUUGGACGAAGAAAGUGUUUGGGGGAAACUUUGGCACGUAAAGAACUUUUCUUAUUUACUGUCGGCAUGCUACAGCAUUGUAAAUUCACCAAACCGGACCAUAUCAAGGAAUACACGUUCGCAAGCUGCAAACUAGGUCAUUCAAACCCUAGACAUCUAGAGCAGCGAGUUAGGCGAUCGUGA